AUGGGCUUCGCUUUGAAGAGGCCGACUGAGGCCGUGGGCUCUGCUGCCCCGGCUAUCAUCAUUGGACUGUUUGUUGCAUUCGGUGGUGUUCUCUUUGGCUAUGACACCGGUACCAUCAGCGGUAUCCUCGCCAUGAAGAAAUGGCGAGAGAUGUUCUCGACUGGCUUCAUCAACGAAACGGAUCACCUCCCUGAUGUUACCGCCGCACAAUCAUCAAUGAUUGUCUCUCUCCUCUCGGCAGGCACUUUCUUCGGUGCCCUAGGCGCCGCCCCUGUCGCUGAUAGAUUUGGUCGUCGAAUGGGUAUGGUGAUGGAGAGCUUCGUCUUCUGUUUCGGAGUUGUCCUCCAAACCGCAGCAACCUCCAUCCCUCUCUUCGUAGCUGGCCGCUUCUUCGCCGGUUUUGGCGUCGGUCUCCUCUCCGCAACAAUCCCCCUCUACCAGUCCGAGACCGCACCCAAAUGGAUCCGUGGAACAAUUGUCGGCACCUACCAACUCGCCAUCACAGUUGGUCUCCUUCUCGCUGCCAUCGUCAACAACUCCACCAAGGACCGUGAUGAUACCGGCUGCUACCGCAUCCCCGUCGCCGUGCAGUUCGCCUGGGCUAUCAUCCUCGUCGUCGGCAUGCUGAUCCUCCCCGAAACCCCUCGCUUCCUGAUCAAGCAAGACCGCUACGAGGAAGCCAGCAAGUCCCUCGGUCGUCUCCGCCGCAUGGACGUGAAUGAUCCCGCCAUUGUCGCUGAGCUCGCCGAGAUCCAGGCAAACCACGAAUACGAAUUGCGUCUCGGAAGUGCUACCUACCUCGAGAUCCUUCGUGGAUCCAUCGGCAAGCGUCUCGCAACCGGCUGUGCCAUCCAGGGUCUGCAGCAGCUCACUGGUGUCAACUUCAUCUUCUACUACGGUACCACCUUCUUCCAAAACUCCGGCAUCCAAAACUCCUUCGUCAUCACCCUGAUCACCAACAUCAUCAACGUCAUCUCCACCUUCCCCGGUCUCUAUAUGGUCGAGAAAUGGGGUCGCCGCCCUCUUCUCAUGUUCGGUGCCGUGGGAAUGUGCGUCUCGCAACUCAUCGUCGCGAUCGUCGGCACAGCCACCGACUCCGACAUCUCGAACAAAGUCCUCAUCGCCUUCGUGUGUGUCUACAUCUUCUUCUUCGCCUGUUCCUGGGGCCCGGUUGCGUGGGUCGUGACUGGUGAACUCUUCCCCCUCAAGGCGCGUGCCAAGUGUCUCUCCAUCACCACCGCCACCAACUGGCUGCUCAACUGGGCUAUUGCCUACGCCACGCCAUACAUGGUCAACAGCGGGCCUGGAAACGCCAAUCUUCAGUCCAAGGUGUUCUUCAUCUGGGGUGGAUUCUGCUUCGUCUGUGCUGUGUUUGUGUACACCUGCAUCUACGAGACUAAGGGUCUUUCGCUUGAGCAGGUCGAUGAGCUUUAUGCUAAGAUUCCUCGUGCUUGGAAGUCUGUUGGCUGGGUUCCUUCCGUCAACUUCACUGAGCAGCUCGAGAUCGAUGCCAAUGAGAAGAAGGCUGAGAUUGCUACGCACCACGAGAGUGUCGAGACCAAGGCUGAGGCCUGA